AUGGAUGCGUUCAUGAAGGGUAUCUCCAAAGCCAGGGACGGGGUCGUGCUGGCGGCGGAGAAGACCAAGCAGGGAGUGACCGGAGCGGCCGAGAUGACGAAAGACGGGGUCAUGUUCGUAGGUACCAAAACAAAGGAUGGCGUCACAACAGUCGCAGGUAAAACUGUGUCUGGGGUGUCUCAGGUGGGUGGAGCGAUGGUUACCGGGGUUACGGCUGUGGCCCAGAAAACUGUGGAGGGAGCAGGCAACAUUGUCGCUGCCACAGGAUUGGUCAAGAAGGACCCGGCCAAACAGAGUGAUGAGGCCUCAGCAGCACAGAACGUGGCAGAGUCACCGGUGGAUACCGACCCUGCUGACGCUACAGAGGAGGACUCUGAUGACUAA